AUGGCCUUCGGUUCCCGUAUCCGCGGACUCUGCGCCGCCGCCGCACUCGCCACCGCUGUCGUCGUGUCCCCGGCCGAUGCGUGGGUUGCCCCCAUUAUCACCAAGGGCAACAAGUUCUUCAACUCGGAGACCGGCAUGGAGUUCCGCAUGGCGUACUACCCGCGCCCCAACAGCGGCGAGAUGGCCGACGUGAGCAACUACGACUGGGCCGCCGACGAGCACGAGGCCGUGUGGAAGCCCCACCUCGAGGUCAUGAAGGACCUCGGCGUCAAUACCAUCCGACUGUACUCGGUGGACCCCAGCAAGUCCCACGACAAGUUCAUGUGCGCGUGCUCCUAA